UUAAGGAACAUGCAUCUUCUAAUCGUGUCAUGGUUUGUCCUCCACUUCUCAUUUCUCGGAGACGCAGCUGUCGUUAACCAACCGGUAUUUGCAGAAAACACAGAAUGUGCAAAAUAUUUUUUUUCAAAGACAGAACCAGUUGGUUUGAACCCUACAAGUCUCGCAAGAAUUUGUCAGACCUACAGGAACGAUGUAACGGGUCAUGAGAGUGUUUAUUUUGCCACACUCUAUGACAGAAUAAAUCGCAUACCAAUAUAUUCUGCCUAUAUUUUAAAGAUCAGCAAUGGAGAUAAUGAAAAAUAUUGGCAAAUAGAACCACAGCUUGUAGACAACAACUUUGAAGCAGCAAUGGCAAGAGAAAGUGACUUUAAGUUGAAACAUGCAAAUAUCAACGAUGAAGAUAUCAAACUACAUCAAGCUGUUGAGUCCGACUACGAGAAGUAUUCCAACACCUAUGACAAAGGGCAUCUCAACCCAAAUGGACACCACGACAUGCCAGAAUCCCGGUCUGCAACAUAUACUCUUACAAAUAUCGUCCCCCAGACAAAAUUGGUAAACCAGCAAAUAUGGACCAUUUAUGAAAAAAAGUUACAAACUUUACAAAAUAAUAAAAAAUGUAAAGAUUUGUAUGUUGUGACCGGUGCAGUGCCCAGUGCAAAUCGAUGGCUGAUGGAUGGAACUGAAACAAGAGUAAAUGUGCCGAGUCACAUCUGGAGUGCUUAUUGCUGUGUAGACAAUAAUGAGGAACCACUGGAAAAUGGGGGUCGUCUAAUAAAAAAUGAAGAAUUUGAAGUGACUUACGACAUUUCAAAAGCGACAUCUGCUAAAGAUAGAAGUACAAUAAUAAAAAAUAUAAUUAAUAAUGAACUAAAAUCAAUGAGUGUGCCUGAACUUCAAGUUCAGUUAAAAACACUGUUAAAUGCAAAAGAAGAAAUAAUGAUUUUCCAUGGAAAAUGUAGUCACAAGACUCCAUGAGCCAGUCCUGAAUUGAGGAGAGUAAAAAGUUUACCAAAUUUGGGGUAGAAAUAUGACCAAGCAGCAAAGAAAUAUAUCCUGUGCAACUGGCAUUAAAAUGUAACUAUUAUAAUCCAUAUAAUUUGAGAUAAUAAAGUCGUAAAAUAUAUACAUACAUGUUCUUUAUUCAUCUUUGAAACUGUAUGGAAUGUGAUUUAGGUAAAUGCUUUUCAAAAAUCAUGCGAUUAUUACAAGAUUAAUACUUAGUAAAAUGUUUGUUAGGUACCAUUUUCUUCUGGUUGUUGAUACAUUGUUUUGUAACUAAUCAUUUGAAUAAUUAUUUGAAGGAAAUGAUUGUGGUAAUGAUUGUGAAUGAUGCUUGCAUUCAUUAAUAAUAAUAAAAAAACUU